GAGACGGACAGUGUGUACUGUUUAAGGAUACAAUCUGUAUCAAAAAUUAAUGUGAUACUUUAUUAAUCCCUGCUGGGUCUUGUGGCUUGCAGCCUCCAGAGGGGUCAGAGCACGGGGUGAGCCAGCCCUGGAGCCAGUUCAUGUGCCCUUAUACAUGAGCAAGGCGGGUGCCUGCACAUAGGGGUGACUGAACCUGGAUCCCGGUCUCACUGGACCCCCCUGGUGUGAUCUCAAGCCUUAUUGUUAUUCUGAUUCGGGCCUAUACAGCGUGGUAGCACCCACCUUUGCCUUACAGUCUCAUCUGAUGCACGGCCUCAUAGUGUUGAUCCUGGUCGAGUCCCAGUCUGCAGCGCUGUUCCCCAGGCCUGGCAGGCUCACUUGGCUGCUCCUGACCAUCACCUUUACCUGCACAGCCAUGGGCUGCAUCCAGAGCAUCGCCUGUAACAAGUCGCGCAUCAAACGGGAGAACAUCGUGGUGUACGACCUGUCCGCCACCAUAGACCACUGCCCCACUGUCAUUGAGGAGAACUCGCCCAUAGUGCUUCGAUACAAGACGCCCUAUUUCAAAGCCUCGGCGCGGAUUGUGAUGCCCCCUAUUCCGCGCAAUGAGACCUGGGUGGUGGGCUGGAUCCAGGCGUGCACCCAGAUGGAAUUCUACAACACCUAUGGAGACGUCGGCAUGUCGAGCUGGGAGCUGCCUCAGCUACGAGAAGGCCUGGUGAGGGCCAUCAGCGACUCAGACGGCGUGAGCUAUCCCUGGUAUGGAAACACAACAGAGACCGUCACCAUAGUGGGCCCCACCUCCAAACCAUCCCGCUUCAUUGUUAGCAUGAAUGACAAUUUUUACCCCAGCGUCACCUGGGCUGUGCCAGUGAGCGAAUCCAACACACCCUUACUGACUAACAUCAAAAGGGACCAGAGCUUCACCACCUGGCUGGUGGCGCUGAACACCACGUCCAGAGAAAAGAUCCUGCUCCACACCAUCAAGUGGAGGAUGAGGGUCGAUAUCGCGGUCGACCCGUCCCUGCCUCUGGGCUCCAGGGCCCGGCUGGUGGGCCGGGUGCACCAGGACCAGCCGCGGGUGCUGACCCGCAUGGAACCCAUCCCUCCCAACGCCAUGGGGAGGCCCAACGCCAACGACGCCCAGGUUCUGAUGUGGAGGCCGAGGAGAGGGCCUCCGCUUGUUGUCAUACCACCUAAGUAGAGCGUUGAGAGCAUCUGAUUGGCCGUUAUAUCAUCUAUAUUAUGAUUGUUAUAUCAUAGCAGUGAACAGGACAAUCAGAUGAAAAAAAACAGACAAAAGAUCUAUAAGCAGGCGGAGACACAAAUCAGAGUUGCAGUCUUUUGCGUGUAAAAUUGAGGGGACAACUGCCUUAAUUCCCCACUGCUGCCUUUGACGAUCCAGAAAGUAUGUUGAUCUCCAUAUCUGGAGGUGUUGAGCCGUUUGGGUGUCUCGGCCUUCACUCCAGCCCAGCACAACUGAGCAAAACUAACUGAGAAUUCGCCAUUAGUGCUGGGAUGUAACGCUAACCUGUACUGUAGCUACUCAGGCCCAGAAAGACAAGAUCAAAAACAAACCCUGUUUAAAAAGGUUCUUCAGCCUUAAUGAUGAUGUACUGGCCUGCUCUGUACUGUACAGUAAAGUGCUGUGUAAGAGUGCAACCAAGGAAAGGUGAUAGUUUUUCUGU